AUGUCAUUAAGAGCUAACGGUAAGACGCCCAAGAAGGCUAGAAAUGAACAAGAUCCCAUAGAGGUUUACUGUAGGAUUAGGCCAUUGCCCAAAGAUCGCACACAAUCAUGCGCUCAAGCAGUUAGCCAAACAGAAGUACGACUUAUUCCUACACAAUAUCAUUGUGGUAACAAAUACUUUUAUGAUAUCCUUCCGCAGGGUUGUAAUGCUGCCAAAAUGAAUCACGCAACAGAGACAUCGCAUUUUUUUGAGCAUGUAUUCGAUCGAGGCGCAAAUCAACCAGAUGUUUUCAAUCGCAUCGCUUUACCCUUGGUUGAAAACUUUAUUCAUGGAAAGAAUGGAUUAAUAUUUGCAUAUGGAAUAACAUGCUCCGGCAAGACGUUCACAAUGAAUGGAACAUCAUCUGAUAUUGGGAUUUUACCGCGAUGUUUGGACGUUAUCUUCAACUCUAUUGGAAGUUUCAUGGCUCCCCAAAGUACAUUCAUACCGGAUAAAGUGAACAGCUUUGAAAUAUGCAAUAUAAAACAAGACCGUAAAAGUGCUAAUGAAAAGAAGCCAUCAUCUAUACGUGUCAACACAUUAAAGAAUCAGGCGGAUUUUGGACGUGAUAUUAAGAGAAUAUAUGACGACACCAAAAUUACCAAUGCCGACGAAGAUAAUGUAUACUCGGUAUUUGUUUCAUUGGUUGAAAUCUAUAACAACUACGUAUACGAUUUACUAGAAGAGCCAUCAAAUGAUAUAAACAAAUCCAAGCUACCUAAUUCCAAAAUAUUACGGGAAGAUCUGAAUCACAACAUGUUUGUUAGCAACUGCACUGAAGUGGAAGUCAGAUCAGCAGAUGAAGCCUACGCUUUACUUCUGAAAGGGCAGCAAAGGAGACGUGUAGCUUAUACCCGUUUGAACCAUGAAUCAAGCCGAAGUCAUAGCAUAUUUAAUAUUCGCCUGGUUCAAGCCCCACUGGAUGUUACAGGAUUAGAUUUAAUUCGUGACAAGAAUAGGAUGGCCGUUAGCCAAUUAUCAUUAGUCGACCUAGCGGGUUCAGAAAGAACAAUACGGACCAACAGUGACGGAGAUAGACUAAGAGAAGCAGGAAAUAUAAAUUCUUCUUUAAUGGUUUUACGUAAAUGUAUGGAAAUCCUCCGAGAUAAUCAAGCAAAAGGAUCAUAUACAAUGGUUCCAUAUCGUGAUUCUAAGCUGACACACUUAUUUAAAAGCUUUUUUGAAGGCGAAGGCAAAGCUCGCUUAAUUGUUUGCCUUAAUCCAUUGGCGGAUGACUAUGAUGAGAGUAUUCAUGUGAUGAAAUUUGCUGAAGUAACAAAAGAAGUAGUUGUGACUCGCGCAAAGGAAAUAGAUAUUGCAGAAGGUUUAAUGCCGGGAAGGAGAAAAGUUGCCGAUGCCGUAGCAGAAAGAGGCUUUACAGACGAGAGUGGCGAUGAAAUUGCACUAACUCUUGGACCUCCUUUUCCUAAUUACUUGCUAUCAUCAGCCGAUGAUGAAAAGAUUUUAUCCAUUCUGAUGAAAUUCCUUAAGGAUCGAUUUACUAAUCGCCAACUGUUAAAUAAUGAACGCAAAAGAAAACGUAAUGUUAAAUUAAGGCAGCAAUUAUUUCGAAAUGAGCUCAUUCGGGUAGAAGGUGAAUAUAACGCCAUGUCAAAGAAUUUAAAUGAGUUCAAAGCUGAAGUUUCCAACAAGGAUAGAGAGGUACAAAGUUUGGAGCGUAAGCUUAAAAAUGCUUCAGAAAAGAUCGAGCUAUUGCAGAAGAAUAUCGAAGGUUUUGAAACAAGCAAUAGGGAACUCGAAUUGCAGUUAAUUGAGCAUAGACGAAUGGUUGAAGAUGAAAAACAAGAAAGAACUAAGUUAAAGGAGGCUAUUAGAGGAGCUGUCUUCCAAGAGAGGGAUAAAUGGGAGCGAGAAUGUGAUAAAAGAGUUAAAGCUAGCCAAUUGCAAAUGAAAUCAAAACUAUGGGAAACCGAUGAAAAACUUCGAUUACUGAAAGAAAUAGUUGAGUCCACACCCACAAAAAGAAAAUCUGUUGGUGUCAAUGUUCUUUCAUCAAUUGAUAAACUUGAAGAAAAAGAACGAAAGAGAAAAAGCAGUGAAAGUUCUGCAGAUGUAGACGAGAAUUCAAUUAGUAUAACGAGAAAAAGUGUACGAUUAGCCGGAAGAACCCCAGUAAUGAAGUCUAAUGUAUACCAUAAGAUGCUUAGUAGACCAAGGCAUGAAUUAAAAUUUUAUGAAUGUAGUGUAAUCUAA